AUGGAGGUGCUGGGGAAUUGGACGCCAACGCGCACGGUGAAGGAGCUGCUGCCGGCCUUCCGCGCGCUGCUGGCCUCACCGGAAGCCGAAGGGUUUCUUGCAGUGCCUGAGAUCGAGUCUCCCCCAUGGCCGCCGGAUGAAGCCCCUGGCGAGCCCGGCCACCUUGGCCUUGAAACCCGCAGCGCGACGCAAAAGGCGGCGUGGCUGCGGCGCUUUCAUCGCCGGGAGCACGAUGCUUUGGCGCGGCAGUGCACCGAGACCUUCGCCCGGAGGAGCCUCCAAGCCGACGGCAACAGGCUUCUGCUUGAUCAACCUCCAGCCGUGUGA